CAGGUUGGCAAGUAUGCUGUCACGCUGGAACGACGGAUGUGACGUCAAUCCCCCGUCCGACUUCCGGUAUAAAUGGAACGCCUUAUUAUCCCCAACAGUGCAGAUAGUUGAAGACGUCUGUGGCGAAGAGCUUCGCUGCAGAAGUGGAGUUUUAGGAUGGAUCAGGAGGAGCCAAAGCCCUCCUACAUUAAAGGGGAAGAUGAGGAGCCAGAGGCCCUACACAUUAAAGUGGAACAGCAGGAUGCAGAGACCCCAUACCAUAAAGUGGAAAAGAAUCAGCCAGAGGCUCCUCGCGUUAAAGUGGAAGAGGACCAGCCAGAGGCUCCUCAUAUUAAAGUGGAAGAGGAGGAUGCAGAGACCCAUUGCAUUAAAGUGGAAGAGGAGGAUGGAGGGACUCCUCACAUUAAAUUGAAACAGGAGAAUGCAGAGACCCCAUACCAUAAAAUGGAAGAGGAUCAGCCAGAGGCUCCUCAUAUUAAAGUGGAAGAGGAGGAUGCAGAGGCCCCUUGCAUUAAACUGGAAGAGGAGGAUGCAGAUACCCCAUACCAUAUAGUGGAAAAGGAUCAGCCAGAGGCUCCUCGCGUUAAAGUGGAAGAGGACCAGCCAGAGGCUCCUCAUAUUAAAGUGGAAGAGGAGGAUGCAGAGGCCCAUUGCAUUAAAGUGGAAGAGAUGGAUGGAGAGACUCCUCACGUUAUAUUGAAACAGGAGGAUGCAGAGACCCCAUACCAUAAAAUGGAAGAGGAUCAGCCAGAGGCUCCUCAUAUUAAAGUGGAAGAGGAGGAUGCAGAGGCUCCUCAUAUUAAAGGGGAAGAGGAGGAUGCAGAGUCCCCUUGCAAUAAAGUGGAAGGGGAGGAUGCAGAGGCUCCUCAUAUUAAAGGGGAAGAGGAGGAUGCAGAGUCCCCUUGCAAUAAAGUGGAAGGGGAGGAUGCAGAGACCCCAUACCAUAAAGUGGAAGAGGAGGAUGCAGAGGCCCCUUGCAAUAAAGUGGAAGGGGAGGAUGCAGAGACCCCAUACCAUAAAGUGGAAGAGGAGGAUGCAGAGGCCCUUUGCAUUAAAGUGGAAGAGGACCAGCCAGAAGCUCCUCAUAUUAAAGGAGAAGAGGAGGAUGCAGAGGCCCUUUGCAUUCAAGUGGAAGAGGAGCCGCACAGCACCAGUCAAAAGGUGCUUGGAGGUCUGGCGGAGUCGCCAGGGAUUGUUGUGUCUGUGAAGAAUGAAGAUGAAGGAGACAAAGGUGAAAGGGAGGCGGAGCCUCCAAGCAGCAGCUGGGCUCAACAAGCAAGGACAGAAGCUGAGGGAGACCAGUGUGGAGCAGCUCACUCAGCUGCAGGCAGUGAGGACACCAGGCACUCUCCUCACACCGACCAUGGAGACAAGACACGCUUUAAAUGUUCUCAGUGCGACAAAACCUUCAGUCGCCGUCACGAUCUGACUAACCACGCAAGAACACACACUGAAGUCUGUAAAGAAAUGCUUCCCCUCUCUGAGCUGCAAAAGUGGAGCUCAAGGGUGGAGCAUGAGGAGCCUCAGCCCCCCCUUUUUAAAGUGGAAGAGGAGGAGACAGAGGCGCCCCUCCACCUUAAAGUGGAAGAGGAGCUACAAUGCAUCGCUCGAGGCCUGGAGAAGUUUCCGGUGAUUGGUGUCCCUGUGAAGAGUGAAGGUGAUGAGGUCAAAGGUGAGGAAAAGAGAAAGGUUGAGCCUCUAAGCAGCUUCUCUGCUCAGCAGGCAUCAGCAGAAUCUGAGGGUGACCACUGUGGAAGAGCUCAGGCAGAGAAUGUCUCAGCUGCAGAUAUGUUGUCACACUCCACUGACGACGGAGACUUAAAAGCUGACAAGACACGCUUUAAAUGCUCUCAGUGCGACAAAAGCUUUAGCCAGCGGUGUCAUCAGUUAAGACAUGCAAGAACCCACACUGGAGAGAAACCAUUUCGCUGUUCAGUGUGCGGUAAAUGUUUUGCACGAAAAGAUGAGUUUAAAGCCCACGUGGAAAUACACACUGGAGGAAAAUCGUUUUCCUGUUCAGUCUGUGGUAAAGGCUUUGCACAAAAAAACAAGUUAAAAAGACACAUGAAAACGCACUCUGAGGAGAAACCUUUUACAUGUUCCUUCUGCGGUCAGGAAUUCACUGCGAAGCAGAGCUUGAAAAAACACAGAAGAAAACACACUGGAGGGAAACCGUUCUCCUGUUCAAUCUGCGGUAGAGGUUUUGCAUGGAGUUCGCACUUGGCAAGACACGCAAAAACACACACUGAAGAGAAACCUUUUUGCUGUUCAGUGUGCGGUGUGGGCUUUAGAAGAAACUAUCAUUUGCUGCGACACAUGAGAAGACACACGGGUGAGAAAGCCUUCAGUUGUGGUGCGUGCAAUGCAAGGUUCUCUUAUGAGUACCAGGCCAACAACCACAAGUGUGCAGGAGCAGUUGGGGGCAAAAAGGCUGCGGGACUUUAAAGUCCUACUGAAAUGAGAUGUUCUUAUUUAAACGGGAAUAGCAGGUCCAUUCUAUGUGUCAUACUUGAUCAUUUCGCCAUAUUGCCAUAUUUUUGCUGAAAGGAUUUAGUAGAGAACAUCCACGAUAAAGUUGGCAACUUUUGGUCGCUAAUAAAAAAGCCUUGCCUGUACCGGAAGUAGCAGACGAUGUGCGUGUGACAUCACGGGUUGUGGAGCUCCUCACAUCUGAACAUUGUUUACAAUCAUGGCCACCAGCAGCGAGAGCGAUUCCGACCGAGAAAGCGACAAUUUCCCCAUUAAUUUGAGCAAGAAUGAAAGAUUUGUGGAUGAGGAAAGUGAGAGUGAAGGACUAUAAAAAAAAAGGCGUUUGCAGAUGUUAUUACUCACAUUUAUUAUGAUAAUUAUUAUGAAGAUCUCUUACCUGUCCAUUGUGUUAGUGUUUUAGUGAGAUUAAUUGAACCUAAAGUCGUAGGGGUGUGGCCACGGGUACCGAGAAAGCGACAAUUCCCCCAUUAAUUUGAGCAAGAAUGAAAGAUUUGUGGAUGAGGAAAGUGAGAGUGAAGGACUAUAAAAAAAAAGGCGAUUGCAGAUGUUAAUACACACAUUUAUUAUGAUAAUUAUUAUGAAGAUCCCUUAUCUGCCCAUUGAGUUAGUGUUUUAGUGAGAUUAAUUGAACCUAAAGUCGGAGGGGUGGGGCUACGGGUACGUGUGUUGACUCAGACUCUCUGUGGCAAGUCAUGCUGCUGGAAGCCCCGCUGAUGUCGCCGGUAAGAGCCAACUUAUUACCACAAUUUUCUCACCGAAACCGGUUGACAUUUGGUAGGGAUUCAUGUUCACUUGACCGCUCUGAUCCAUAGUAAAGCUUCGCCUUCGGGAAUUUUAAACAAGGAAACACCGGCUGUGUUUGUGUGGCUAAAGGCUAAAAGCUUCCCACAUCCAUCUUUCUUCUUUGACGUCUCCAUUAUUCAUUGAACAAAUUGCAAAAGAUUCAGCAACACAGAUGUCCAGAAAUACUGUGUAAUUAUGCGAUUAAAGCAGACUACUUAUAGCUUGGACCGGGCUGGAAAAUAAUGUCCGCUACAACCCGAGACGUCAAACGUACGGGUCAUCAUACUCAUCAUACCGCCACUUUUCAACAGGACACUUGGCGGGAAAUUUAAAAUAGCAAUUUAGUAAACUAAAGCGGGCGUAUUGUCAUGUGUUGCAAUGUUAAUAUUUCAUCAUUGAUAUAUAAACUAUCAGACUGUGUGGUGGCUAGUAGUGGCUUUCAGUAGGCCUUUAAAUAAGCUGUCAAGACUGUGAAAACAUAACGCAGGGGUCUCCAAACUACGGCCCGCAGGCUAGAUACAGCCUGCCAGUGUUCAAAAACUGUCCGCGUUAGUCUUGAGUAAAAGAAAAAAGAUUAAAAAACGAACAAACUAUAUAUAUAUAUAUAUAUAUAUAUAUAUA